AUGGCAGUCAUAAGUUGUGGUCCAACGAGUACGCCAGCUCUUGGUGAACGUCGAGUAAAUGCAUACACAUUACCUCUUCAUUAUGUUCAAAUAAUAGCUAUUGUUGUACUGGCAUUUCUUGUACUAAUGAAUUAUUUCACAUUAUGUGUCAACAUUCCAACACAACCAUGGCAAUGGCUAAAUAUUUUUCUUUCUUCAAUUGUUAUUCUUCCGCUUCUUAUUGUUUUUAUUGCAUUAACUUACAUUGAUCCGGCUGAAGAUGAAGUAUUAACUAAAAGUCGUGGACCACGAACUGAUUUUAAUCGUCAUAAACAUACGCAUGUUAUAACUGAAUUUUAUUGUCAUGUGUGCGAUGUACAAGUUACAGCAAAAGCUAAACAUUGCGCAUCAUGUAAUAAAUGCAUUUAUUCAUUCGAUCAUCAUUGUGUUUGGCUUAAUACGUGUGUUGGCGGAAAAAAUUAUCGAACGUUUUUUUUUAUGCUAUCACUGGUAGUUAUUGGCAGUUUCUUUCUUUUUAUGAACAGUUUGCUGCAAUUUAUUGGUUCAUUUCAAGAUUCGUCAUCGUUGCUUAGUCUAAGACCCUACUAUGGUGCUGAUCGAUAUGCUAUAUUAAUGAUACCAUCAUCUAAGGCUGCUUUUCAAGUAAUGGUUUCGUUGAUCGCAUUUGUUUCUAUCGUAACAUGGGGAUUAACUAUAUAUCUUCUUGGCUUUCAUAUUUAUCUAUGCUAUUAUGGUAUUUCAACAUAUGAUUAUGUUAUUAGUCAGCGUAUUAACAAAACAGUGAACCAAACAUUAUCUCAAUUCAGCCAAUUUAGUUUAAAUUAUCAAAAUAAUUCUUCGUCAAAACAAUUGAAAUCUAUUUUUCAGAAGAGGAGAAGAAGUAAUCAGAUAGCAGUUAAUGUGGAACAUGAUACAAUGAAUCGUUCAAAACAAUCUCAUGGUCAAAAUAUUUUCACAAUUGAAGGAAAUCACAGAGACUCUGCACGACGUUUACAAGUAUGUCAAAGUUCAAUUGAAGAGGCGUAUGUUCUUAAAGGUGCAUCACAAAUAGAUAAUGAUAGUGGUCAAUAA